AGGCUGGAAUUCAGAAUUCUGCGUCGUGUGUAUCUGUACUUCUCCGAUUUUUUUUGAGGGUUUCCUCUGAUUUCCGCUGCGAAACCUGUUCGACUGCCUAUCUCUUUCAUAUAUCAAAGGUUCUUCUUCUUCGUGAAUAGUUAGAAAACUCGACUUGCGCCAGGCGAUUCCUUCAAAAAGCUAUUCGAAGGUUUCAUUAUUCUCCACCGAAGCAGUUGUUAGAAUCUUUUUCUCCCAUCUCCGAACAAACGGUGGCUCCGGCAACUCCGAGCGAACAGAACCCAGUUCGAGGGUUUUUCUCCCACCUCCAGUCCAACCGUUGGUUUCUAACGACGGCGGCUUCACUCCUACGUUACCGCAACCUCGAAAGCAUCACUGGGCGACUGUGAAUCCCCUGUUAAACUGAGUUUGAAGCUCCUUCUCCGGCCGGUUCGAGCGUUAUAAACAUCUUCGAUCGCUUGAGAAAAUCACUGCUAAUAGUUUGAUCGACACCAAAGAAACCAAGUUGCAGAUUCUUUAUUUUUGCGCAUCAGCCGUAGAGAGAUUUGACUCUUCGGUGCCAUUAGAGAUUCGACAAAAAAAUACAUUAUUUUUUGGCCUUCUUCAUCAAUUGGGUUGCUGGUUCGAGAGUUACACGUCAAAAUUUGUUUUUCCUGGACCGAGUGAACCCUAAAUAAAUUUAGGGCUUUUGACACCUCCACAAAAUAGGAUUAACCACAUAAGGCCGAUUCGAUCAGAAAACCGAACCCAAGCAUCUCAAAUCGGCACUUAGAAGUAUCAUUGCCGAAAGCGCAAACUGCUGCUGAAUCAAAAGGAGCAGUGGGAGCAUCGGAAAUUCAGAACUUGCUGAUAAUGCUGAAAGGCCAAACCGAAUAACACCAGUGACCGGGAGUUCAUCAGAAAAUUUAUUAUCUGAACAUCAGUCUCGUAAAUACAGCUAAGUGCUCUAUUCAUUAUUUAUUUCACUUAGCAAUAUUCUUGAUAUUCUGAAUCAUGUCUGCUACGGUUGACUAUUUCUUGUUUUAUUCAGUCCAUCAAUGCUUGAACAAGGAUCACAAAAUUCUUUAAAGACUUCAUAAAAUGAGGUUUUGCCCUGCUUUGUUUUGCUGUACAGUCCAGUAGCGGCAUCUGUGUAAGGUUCGAGUUUGUUUWACUGUGCCAAGUUCAGAGAGCACAGUAUGGAUUUUCUGAAAGAACAGUUAAAGUGCAUGUUUUGAAAAUUGAAAGAACAGUCAAGCACAUUUUUAUCCUUUCAUUUCCCCCCCAUCAAUCUUAACUGUUAAAUAUUUUAACAAGGUAUUUAAGUAGUUUUAGAAACCACAGGAGGAUAUGUUUAAGUAGUUUAAUGAAACCACAGGGUAUAUCAAAGUAAUAUGUCCUUAUUUUUAUUAGCCAUUUCCUUGUAUGUUUAUUUAUUUUAUAAUUAGUAUGAAAUAAAAUUUUGCAUGGUUGGGGUUUCUUUGCUGAGGUUUAAGUUAUUCAUCACAUGUGAACGUAGUGACUAGGAGUUAACUCUUGCAGAUAUAAAAGAAAUAAAUGAUGAUGACUAGAGGAGGUGGAGAUAUGGAGGUUCUCAUAGAUAGGGAUUUAGAACCAGAACUAGCUGAAAUUAUGGAAGCCAUGACAAUUGGCUGCAAAUUUCAAGGAAAUAUAGGGAAUGAGAGUUAGGCGGAGCCUUGAGGUCUGGAAGAUGGGCAUAGUGAACUACUUGGAUGCACUGAAGCUUCAGGAAAAGCUAAUCUCUGAUAGGAAAGUUGGUAAAAUUCCAAACACACUUUUGUCCCUACAACAUCCCCCUACUUACACACUUGGGAAACGACGAACCUAUCACAAUUUACUAGUCCCUGAAUCUGACCUUCAAAGAAUGGGAGCUGAGCUGCAUUAUACACAAAGAGGUGGAGACAUAACUUUUCAUGGGCCACAUCAAGCCAUAUUAUAUCCCAUUAUCUCUCUUCGAGAAAUUGGACUGGGUGCUAGGAAAUAUGUAGAAAACCUUGAAUUGACAAUGAUUGAAUUGGCUUCUCUAUAUGGCGUGCAAGCACAUCCCGGAGGAACAGGUGAAACAGGUGUUUGGGUCGGAGACCGGAAGAUUGGUGCAAUUGGGGUUCGAAUCUCAUCAGGGAUCACAUCCCAUGGGUUAGCUUUUAAUAUCGAUCCUGAUCUGGACUAUUUUAAGCACAUUGUACCUUGUGGUAUUGCUGAAAAAGGAGUUACAUCUCUGAAGAGAGAGACGACCAUGGAACUUCCUGCUGAAGAGGUGAUUCAUGAGCAACUGAUUUCUUGUUUUGCAAGGAUAUUUGCCUUUACCAAUCUUGUAUGCAAGGAAAAUGUAUCAGUAUUAACAACAACUCAUGACAGCAGCCAACAGUUCUCAUGAUUGUGUGGUAGUGGUAACAGGUGACAGUAUAUUUGACACUGCUUCAUUUUUCUUUUUUUUUUCCCUCUUUUUGUGAUUCAAUCAAAUGUUAUUUGAUUGUUGAUCAAACAAAAAUAAGAAAUGGUUCAAGGGCUUAUAAUUUAA